GCUCACUAAUAAGAAGAGAGUAGGGAGGAAGUGUGUAGCCACGAACGACGCAAAGUGGCUUGCCGAAUUUUUACCUGAAAGCCACGCAAUUAUAGUUUUCCAUUAAGUUUCUACAAUAUUUAACAGCGAAAAGAGCGCAGAUUUUCUUCUUAUCUUAAAAUUACGAUCUUAAUCGUGCAAUGGAAGUGUGAAAAAUAUUGUUCGUAAUCAGUGCCACCGAAUUACAUUGCAAUUUCAUGGAAUUUUAAAGUUCAUGAAGAUCUUGUAAAAUCGAGCUCCUUUUCGAGUCUUUCGAUCAAGGAGACGAAAAAAGGAAAAGAACGAAACGCGUGUAAACCAGGUCGCAACCAUGAAAUUCACCAUUCCGUUACACCAAUACAAAAAAUGCAUCAUACUAUUCUUGUUGGGUAUCGCUUGCAUUGUUUUCUCUUAUGUCACAUAUAUAUUUAAUCCGGCGAAAUUAAUAUUAGAUUACACACUAGAAAUGACGCCGCAUUCACUAGCUUUUCAAUUGUGGAAAAACCCACCGAUUGAUAUUUAUUUUAAAGUAUACAUAUUUAAUAUCACGAACUCAGAGCAAUUUCUCAGAGGCGAGGAAAAGCUGAAAGUCCAGGAAAUUGGCCCUUACGUUUAUAAGGAAAUAUUACAAAAUGAAAACAUCACUUGGCAUGAAGAAAAUAAGACGAUUUCGUACAUGCCAAGAAGAACGGUAGUUUACGUCCCGGAAAUGUCAAAUGGAAAUCCGGACACGGACGUAGUUCAGGUUCCAAAUAUACCCAUGUUGGGGAUUUCCUCGACACUGCACGAUGCUGGAUUCUUCGUAAAUUAUCCCUGGUCCAGCUUAGUGAGCAUGUUGGACAGUAAACCGAUAUUAAAUAUAACCGUUUACGAUUAUUUCUGGGGCUACGAAGAUCGUUUAGUUCGCCUGGCUAGCGGAGUCGUACCUAAUUUCAUCAAUUUCAAGAAAUUUGGUUUAUUGGAUAGGAUGUACGACGAAGGAGAGAAUCUCGUGCACAUGUACAUCGGGAAAAAUGAGAAUAUGACCGAAGAGGAAGGGCGAUAUUUGAGUAUUCAAUUGUAUAAUGGUAGUCCAGGAAUGUCCCAAUGGGGAUAUCGCGAAGAGGACGGAAACGAAACAUAUCCAGAAAACACCAUAUGUAACCGCAUUAGAGGAGCGACCGAAGGAGAAUUAUUCCCAUCGUACAUAGACAAACAUGCCUCGUUUCGAGUAUACAGAAAAGCUUUCUGCAGAGCGAUACCGAUUGUCUUUAGAAGUGAGGUGCUAACGGAGAGCGGUCUAAACGGAUUUCUUUAUAGCAUGGCGGACGAUUUCUUAGAUACUCCUGACGUGAACCCGGAUAACGCGUGUUACUGCAAGAAGAAGGGAAAGUGCCUAAAGAAAGGACUUUCCGAUAUGACACCGUGUUAUUACAGCAUUCCAGCUGCAAUGUCGUUACCGCAUUUUCUUGACGCUGACCCCAGCUUACUCGAGGACGUCGAAGGUCUGAAUCCCGAUCCCGAAAAGCAUAAUACUACAAUUAUUUUGGAACCGACAAUCGGCGUCCCGAUACAUGUUCACUCAAGAAUACAGAUCAAUCUCGUUAUGGAACAUACGACUUAUAAUUCUAGAAUCAAACCUUUCAACGGUAUAACAGUGCCAUUAUUCUGGAGCGAUUUCGUAAUACCCGAAUUGUCAAGUGAAUUGGAUUUCUUAUUAAAAGUAGUACUUAUAGUACUUCCAAUCACGCAAACGAUUAUAAUAUCGUUGUUGGCCUUCAUAGGAGUCACGAUGUUCGUAUUGUCAAUAUUCUCCAUGCUUUGGACCAUCAACCAACAACAGGAACCAUUGUCGUCAGAGAGAAGGGACAGUUGCGAUUUACGAAUACCGUUGAACUACGGACAAUACUCGGCGAUACAUAUUUUACCGGCGAUUAAGAAAAUCACGUCGAAAACAGAUUUAUUCAGUUAAUCAAAUUCAUAUUACGAAUGACGUCUCACGAAGCUCAACGGAGAAAAUGAUAAAAAGUUGAACACUUUUUUUUAUGUUAUUCCUUAGGUUUUAAUGUAAGAUAGUAUUCACUUGAUUUUUCUCACGGAGGAGAAAAGGUACGGACGCACUCGGCUACUUCGACUGAUUCGGAAUACAGGGGCGGUAUUCUACGUUACGAUACACAUUCAGGGUUUCGUGCUAAAAAUAUUCCGAUAUGGAUCGAUAUUAUUCUACUAGCAUGUUGUCGUUGUAUGCUUUCUCGGGUCUAAUUAAUUUUUACUCGAUACACGUGUGAUAUUUUUUUAUGGGGACGUAUCUCCAGUAUAGUAUAACGAACAGAAAAACAUAGGCUAGGAACGAUGUAAUUUUAUCUUUCACAGAGUUUCCGCAUUCGGAAAUAUUUUUGAUAAUUUUAAACGAUAUUCUUAAUAAUCAUAGUUAUAGUAAUAAGACGUAUACAUAAACGCGCUGGUAAUUAAAGAAGACCAAAUGUUUUCUUAAAAACAAAUGACGACGUAGAGAUUACCACACGUCUUGGCUUUUCUAUUAUCUUUUAGGAAAGAAUCACACUUAAUGGAACUUGAAGAAGGAUUUAAUAUUUAUUGUUAGAGGUCUCGAAGCAUAAGUUAAACAUGCGAAAACAAUGAAUCACUUACGUUAGUUUGAUACAUUCUUGCUCGUCGCUCUACUUGGUUUCGUUUUACUCCAUCGGAAGUUUCCACACUACUACUUGAGUAGAAAAGACAUGUCUCGAUCGGUACAACGUUUUUGUUCUCAAUGAAAAUAGCACAGUGCAUUAACAGCAAUUUUUAAUCAAUGCAAAAAGCGAAUUAUGGAUAUUUUACCAAAACUAAAUUCAUGGAAAUUACUGCAAAUUACUUUACGAUAUAAGACGCAAGGAUGCCUUGUUUGUUUCUGUUUAACGUAGUAUUUUUCAAACAUGACGUUCUGUUUUUUCAACUCUCUUUUAGUUCAAAUUGCCUGCCUAACAACAUUUGUAACAAAUUUGAAAUUAAAGUAUUUGUAUUUAUUCUUCGGGAAAACUGUUUAUUUGACCACAUCACCACGUUCAAGAUAUUUAAUUUUCAUUUAUUAUAUCGUUCGUUCAUUUCUUAAACAGCUAGUAUAUAUACGUAAUAGCCAGUCUCUUUUCAACAGUAGAAAGAUAAUUUAAAUCAGAUUAGGUCUUUUAAGCAAAUUCAUUUAUAUUACUUAACAUAACCAAUGUGUAGUAUUUAAGUGCUCAUAUCGCGUUUUAGGAUUUCUUUACAUACUGCCUUUAUAUACAUAUAUAUUUCACUUAGUAUCGCUACAUAUGUAUAUGAAUAAGUACGAAAUUUAACAAACUAUUAUGACUACUAUGACUAAAACUAUUAUGAUCACUUUGUUAAAUAAUUACGUUCUUUGUUACGAUACACCUUCAUAUUGACUGUACACAUUGUUUCUCAUACUAUACAAUGUAAUAACAUGUACUGCAGUAGGGCGUAAUUGUAAAAACUUGACUUUGAAAUUUCUUAAUAAAUAGUCUAAAUCGAA